CAAACGCGGCACCCGACGCGACUACAGUCAGUUCCGCCGCGACCGGUGCUCUCGUCCGUCACGCGCGCGCGCUUCCGUCUGCCGUUUUCGCGUUGAAAAAAAAACGUGUGCUCAGAAGUGAUAGAACGUGUUGUUAUUUGAAUAUUAUUUUUUUUUUUCCCAACCGCAACCGGCGUUAUCUGUAAGCUCGCGAUUUUUAUCAAUUUCGCGCCGAAAUUUUUUUUCCUCGACAGUCCGUCCGAAUAGUAGUCUCGUAUACGCACUGCAGAGCAGCAACUUUUCAACGCCUCUGGCACCAUGCAACCAAGCAACGGCUCCAAAGACGUGUCGUCGGCGGCGGCCGAGAAGACUUGCGGCGCGACCGGCGGUUCCGGCAACCAGCAGUUCUGCUUGCGGUGGAACAACUACCAGAGUAAUCUAACCAACGUGUUCGACCAACUGCUGCAGAACGGCACUUUCGUGGACGUGACGAUCGCCUGUGACGGUCACACGCUCAAGGCGCACAAGAUCGUGCUGUCCGCAUGUAGCCCGUACUUUCAGAGCAUGCUGGCCGAGAACAAGUGUAAGCACCCGAUCGUCAUACUGAAAGACGUCCAGUGGCCAGAGCUCAGGGCCGUCGUCGAUUUUAUGUACAAGGGCGAGAUAAACGUUUACCAGGAACAGAUUGGGCCGCUGUUGCGCGUGGCCGAGACGCUGAAAGUCCGCGGUCUGGCCGACGUCAGCAACGAACAACUCACCGGUGGCGGUGGAUGUGAACCACAGGCCGCGGCCACAGUGGUGACGCCCACGACUCUAGCACCCGAAUCUCCCAAACAACCGGCCCGCAAGCGGCACAGACUGUCGCCACCAGCGGCCAGCCCAGAAUCGGUCAUGUCCGACUUGGGAUCGUCGGCCGUGGACACGCCGCUCAACUUGCACCACAUGCCGCCUCCUCCGGCCCCCCAUCAUCAGCAGCAGGUGCAGUCGCACGUGCACCAGCACCACCUCCAGCAGCAGCAGCAGCAGCAGCAACAACAACAACAGCAGCAGCAGCAGCAGCAGCAGCAACAGCAACAGCAACAACAGCAACAACAACAUCAGCAGCAGCAACAGCAACAGCAACAACAGCAGCAACAUCAACAACAACAGCAGCAGCAGCAGUCGUCACAACAGCCACCGGCACCGCAAGCCAUGCCGCCGUCCGCCUCGUCCGCUUCGUCUUCGUCGUCAUCGUCGUCGUCGAUACCACCGCCGAGUAGCGUGGCCGACGAUAUGGAAAUAAAGCCAGGCAUCGCGGAGAUGAUACGUGAGGAAGAAAGAGUGAGUUAUUUUUCCACCAGAUUUAUUAUUUAA